AAGCAGUGGGCACACUGUAUUUUAAUCCGAAUUAGGUAUUGGGGAGGGUCAGUGUAAGAGGAAAGGUCAGGCGUAGAAAGACAGAGAGGGCGGCAUCCGUUAGAAUAGGCCAGGUUUUGUACCUACAGGUAGGCAUCGAGUCCGGGUGGCGCUCCGCCUCCCUCCGGUUUUCCCGCCUCUUUUACUGCUUGCACGGACGGCCAUUAAAUUGGGCUUUUUUUUGAAGAAGAAAAAGAAGGUGGGCUAUUGCAGACUUCUUUCUCUUCAGUAAGGAAUAGAAACUACGCCUUGGGCCUUGUCGUUCUCAGUCCCCUCCUCCCCUUACCAACCCCCACAAUUCCAUUUAGCGGCCUCCUGGGGGGUUCUUACAAAGGAAGCCGUUCACCCCCCUCUCCCCGGUCUUAACGCUUCCUUGUGUCGCUGCUACUCGCCCGGUGUUUGUAGGAGCCAUGUCCAGGCCGGUCAGGAACAGAAAAGUGGUCGACUACUCACAGUUUCAGGACUCGGAUGAUGAAGACUAUGGAAGUGCAGCAGCCCCACCCUCAAAGAAAGCUCGAGCAUCUCCAAGAGACGUUAAGGAAAAGAGGCGGACUGGGAAAAACCUGCAGGAAGAGAGUGAGGAGUCUGAUGAAAAAGAUGUGAAGAAAACCAAAAAAGAAGAUGAUUCUGAAGAGGAAGAUUUCGGUAGUAAUGAUGAUGUAGAAGGAGAUGAUGGAAAAGCAGACAGUGAUUAUGAAAGCCCAAAAAGGAGUAAAAAAGCCAAAAAGGCCACACCUGACAAGAAAAAGAUUUCUAAACCAAGAAAGAGAUCAGCCCAAGAUGACAGUGAUGAUGAGGAUGAAAAAGAUAAACGCAAAAACGUCCGUCAGCAAAGGCAAGCGGCAUCCAAAGCUGUUUCUAAACAAAGGGAGAUGUUGAUGGGUGAUGGAGGCAGUGAGGAGGAAGAGCAAGAGGAUGAAGAAGAAACACAGUUUCUAGAAAACGAUUCAGGCAGUGAUGAGGAUUUCAUGGUGGAAGAUGAUGAUGACAGUGAUUAUGGUCGGUCCAAGAAGAAGAAAAAGGUGGUGAAAAAGUCUAAGCCAGAGAGGAGAGAGAGAAAAGUUCCUAAGCCCAGGCUUAAAGCCACAGUAACGCCUAGUCCAGUCAAGGCCAAAGGAAAGAGUCGCCCAGCCUCAAAGGCCCCAAAGGAGAAAUCUCCAUCUCCUAAAGCCGAUGAUGAUGACGAUGAUGAGCCAGACACCCCCCCACCAGAGAAGAAACCUGCAAGCCCUGCACAGGAGAAAUCUGGGGAAGAGGGUUCUGAUGAAGAAGCUCAGUCCACAGAGGACUAGUCUGUUGUGUUUUCGAGGGGGCGGGUAGGGAUAUGGGUGUGCGGAUGAUGGUUUGGGAGAUUUUAUUAAAAAAAUUACAAAAAACAAAAGAUAAAAAAAUAAGGAAAAAAGAAGCCAGGAUGGGUAUGAAACAUGAUUUGAGCAGUUGGCUUGACUCGUGCACCACCAAUUCUGUCUCAUUUGUUUUAAGAGUUACAUAUGCGCUUUUUUUAUUUUAUCCAGCAAAAGGUGAAACUUUUUUUUGCCAUUUUUGGGGUUGGUCAGUCGUUCCAUCACCUGUAUGAAAUAAAGCCAUGCACAUUUUUAAUAAGUUUGCAUUGCUAAAA